AUGUACAGCAAUGGAAGGAAUUUGCGUAAAGGUGACAGCGCAGUGAAGCGGAAGAAGCCGGUUCUUGGUGUCUAUACGAGCAUUGAGCGUUGCCAGAUGCUCCCGGACCAGAAUGUUGAAUGGGUCAUGGCUACAGCUAGUGACGCAAAAGGCUGGCUACCAAUGUGGGCCCAAAAGAUGGGGGUUCCUUCCGCUGUUGUCAAGGAUGUCGGGCUAUUCAUUGGCUGGGUGAAGACGCGUAGGCCCCUUUUUCGCAAAGAUCCCCCAUUUAUCGUAAGGCGGGAGGAUGGUACGGGUGUGAACGGAGACUAG